AUGGGUAAAAGCUCGGCCACGGCAGUGGUGCGUGUACGGGAGACCAUAUCGUCAAGCAGCUUCAAGGAGCACACGGGCACACUCAGUUUGGAGGUGCCCGACUACCUGCAGAUCAAGGACAUGGGCAUCGGCGAGUUCGUUAGCUCGCGCGUCUUCCCGGUCGGUGGCUACGAGUGGGAGAUGAGGUUCUACCCGGGCGGAAAAGACCGGCACUGUGCCGGCAACGCCUCCGCGUACGUGUUCUGCCGCAGCCAAGUCAAGGACGUGAGCACCCGGUUCACGUUGAGCAUGCUGCAGACCAAGGGCCAGGUGCCGGUGGCAAGCUUCGACCCGAGGAAGCGCGUCUUCUCUUCAAAAACACCGAGAUACGAAUCAUACGAUGAGUGGGGCCACCCCAAAUUCGUGGAGAGGGCCAAGCUGGAAUCGCUGUCGCAGCUCGGGGACGGCUGCUUCACGGUACUGUGCGUCCUCACCGUCGUCAUGGACGAGGCACCGUCUCUGCAGCUGCACAGCCACCUCGAGCGCAUGCUCGAGGACGGGAGGGGCGCCGACGUGACGUUCAACGUAGCCAACCAGGAGUUCCGCGCUCACAGUUUUCUCCUGGCGGCGCGAUCGCCGGUCUUUGCGGCGCAGCUAUUUGACCUAAUGGCGGAGAAGGAUGUGCGGCGAGUGGAGAUUGUUGACGUGGAGCCUGCCAUAUUCAAGAUGAUGCUUCACUACAUCUACACAGAGUCGCUGCCACCGUACGACGACGGAGGAGGCAACGACAUCAGGGUGAUGCAGCAUUUACUGGUGGCAGCAAAUAGGUACGGCCUAGAAAGGUUGAAGCUGGUAUGCGAAGAAGAACUGUGCAAAAGAAUCGACUCAGAGACCAUCACAACCAUGUCGGCGCUGGCAGAUCAGCACCAGUGCAAACGCCUCAAAGUUGCAUGCACGGAGUUCAAAUCAUCGCCCAAGUAA